AUGUCAGCACCAGGUCAAUAUAAUUCACCUCCACCACCUGCUGGUCAGCAACCAGCUCCAGGUCAAUACCCACCACAACAAGGUUACCCACCACAACAAGGUUAUCCACCACAACAAGGAUAUCCUCCUCAACAAGGUUACCCACCUCAACAGGGAUACCCACCACAACAAGGUUAUCCACCACAACAAGGUUACCCACCACAACAAGGUUAUCCACCACAACAGGGAUACCCUCCACAACAAGGUUAUCCACCUCAACAACAACAAGGUUAUGGUUAUCCACCACAGCAACAAGGUUACCCACCUCAACAAGGAUACCCACCACAACAAGGAUACCCACCAGCCCCAGCAGCCGGAGGAUAUCCACCACAACAAGGUUACCCACCACAACAAGGCUAUCCACCACAACAAGGUUACCCACCAGCCCCAGCAGCCGGAGGAUAUCCACCACAACAAGGUUAUCCACCUCAACAAGGUUAUCCACCACAACAAGGUUAUCCACCAGCACCAGCAGCCGGAGGUUAUCCACCAGCACCAGCAGCAGGAGGUUAUCCACCAGCACCAGUCGGAGUUGCACCAGUUGGAGCUGCCCCAGUCGGAGUUGCCCCAGUUGGAGUUGCACCAGUUGGAGUUGCUGCCGUUCCAGCUGUCCAAUUCGCACUUGUCAGAGUAUGUGCUAUUACUCAUGACUUGAAGCGUGAUGCUGAGAAUUUAAGAAGAGCCAUGAAGGGAAUUGGAACUGAUGAACAUACUUUAAUUGAAAUUCUAGGUAAUAGAAAUUGGGAAGAACGUGCUGGUAUCAUCAGAGAAUACAGUGUUUUCAUUGGUAGAGAUUUAGUAAAGGAUAUUAAAUCAGAGACAUCUGGAAACUUCAAGUUGACUUUGGUUGCACUCUUGACUGACCCAGCUCAAUAUGAUGCUGAUAAUAUUUACAAUGCCAUGAAAGGUGCUGGAACAAAUGAACAUUGUUUACAAGAGAUUUUAAUUACAAGAUCCAAUGCCCAAAAGAUGAGAAUCAAUCAAAUCUUCAACUCUGACCAUCACAAGAGUUUGAAGCACUGGGUUAGCUCUGAAACCUCUGGUGAUUUCAAGCGUUUGUGUGAAGAGUUACUCGAACCACGUGAUGAGUCAAUGAUUGUUGACGUUGCCGGUGCCAUGAGAGACGUUGACACUCUCUAUUAUGCCGGUGAGGGUCGUGUCGGUACCGACGAGAAGACCUUUAUCAACAUCUUCACAAGACGUAACUUCUUACAGUUGCGUGAGAUCGCACGUCUCUACCCUACCAUGCACAAGCGUCACACCCUCCAAAAGGCAAUCGAGUCAGAGUUCUCUGGUGACAUCAGAUCGGGUCUCCAAGCGAUCCUCUACUUUGCCACCGAUUCUUUCGGUUACUUUGCAUCAAUCAUCCACAAGUCAAUCGCCGGUGUCGGUACCAACGACGACAAGCUCAUUAGAAACAUUAUUUACUGUCAAUCAUUCUUGACUCUCAUCAAGCAAUACUACUUAGCCAACUACGGUAAGACAUUACAUCAUGCAAUUGCAAAUGAUUGUUCCGGUGACUACAAGAAAUUACUCUUGGAAAUUGUUGGUGCUUAA